AAACUGAGCGCAAGUCUCAUUGUUGACAUAUGUACAAAAGCACGGUUCUUUCUGUGCAUGAUCUCUUUGAUAUUGAGAAUCCAUGUAACGUGAUAACAUCAGAUAAUGGAUAACGUGCAAAAUAAAACAGCUAUGGUUACGGGGGCCGGAUCUGGCAUUGGCUACCAUGUUACUGAAGAAUUAUUGAGCAAAGGCGCAAAGAAAGUCGCCAUCCUCGAUUUGCCGAUAGCACGUAGUUACGAAGCGACAGUGAGUCUGCAAGAAAAAUUUGGAAAAGACCGUGUCAUUUUCUUUCCGACUGAUGUGACAAACUUACAAGUGUACACCGAAACUUUCAAGCAAGUUGUUGAAACUCUCAACGGACUUGACAUACUUGUUAACAAUGCCGGAAUCUGUUAUGACCGUUGUAUCGAGCAAACGUUUGCUAUUAACGUUGUAGCACUAAUUCGCGGUUCGAUGUUUGCAUUAGAUUACAUGGGCAAACAUAAAGGUGGCAAAGGGGGUACCAUAAUAAAUAUUGCGUCAACGGCUGGUCUUCGUCUUUUCCCUUUAUGUCCGGUAUACAGUGCUUCUAAAUUUGCCGUAGUCGCAUUUGGCAGAAAUCUCGAGAAAUUUUAUGACAAAACAGGAAUUCGUAUUCUAACGAUAUGUCCUGGUUAUACAAUAACAGGUAUGAAGUUUUCAGAAUCUAUCAUUGAAGAAAAAACUUUCGAUAUUGUCGACGAAGAGUUUCUUAAAAAGGCCGCAAAGAAAGAUUAUUAUAGACCCCAGUCUGUUGCACAUGUGGGACAGUCUGUGGUCAUAGCUAUUCAAGAAGGUGAAAAUGGAUCGGUUUGGGUUGUUAGGAAUAAUGAGUUACCAUACCCAAUCAAAUUAUCACCAUUUCUCGCUGCUUAGAUGUGAAAUUCUUUAAAACACGAGGACUUUAUACAAACAGCUCGAGCAAUUGUAUAUACAAAAAAAGAAAGUUCUACACUACGAGAAAAAAAUUACUUAAUUUUAAUAAAUAUUUGUUUGAAUAGUUUCAAUAAAAUAUUUACUAAAUGUAAAUAAAUAUUUAUUUAG